AUGUGCUAUUACGGCAACUACUACGGGGGCCUGGGCUAUGGCUACGGUGGCCUUGGCUACAGGAUGUAUAAAAGGUCCUGUGCAGAUGGUUAUAUUCAGUCUGAGACAUUCUUUCUCUGCUUCGUAACUGAACCUUCCACUCCUGAAACAAUGUGCUAUUACGGCAACUACUAUGGUGGCCUGGGCUAUGGCUAUGGUGGCCUGGGCUGUGGCUAUGGUAGCCUUGGUUAUGGCUAUGGUGGCCUGGGCUGUGGCUAUGGCUGUGGUUAUGGUGGCUAUAGAUAUAACUGCUACCACCCACUGUGCUGUGGAAGAUACUGGUCCUAUGGUUUAUACUGA